GGGACUCGGGACUCGGGGUCCCCGCCCUCGCGCGGCCGGCGCUGCACGCUCUCCAUGGCGGGCCCCGCGCCCUGGUGGCCGCUGGCAGCGCUGGCCCUGGUUCUGGCGCUGGCCCCGGGCUUGCCCGCAGCCCACGCUGGGCAGACGCCGCGCCCCGCCGAGCGGGGGCCCCCGGUGCGGCUCUUCACCGAGGAGGAGCUGGCCCGCUACGGCGGGGAGGAGGAAGAUCAGCCCAUCUACUUGGCAGUGAAGGGUGUGGUAUUUGAUGUCACUUCCGGAAAGGAGUUUUAUGGACGAGGAGCCCCCUACAAUGCCUUGACUGGGAAGGACUCCACCAGAGGGGUGGCCAAGAUGUCCCUGGAUCCUGCAGACCUCACUCAUGACACUACGGGUCUCACGGCCAAGGAACUGGAAUUCCUGGAUGACAUCUUCACCAGAGUAUACAAAGCCAAAUAUCCCAUCGUUGGCUACACAGCCCGGAGAAUUCUCAAUGAGGACGGCAGCCCCAACCUGGACUUCAAGCCUGAAGACCAGCCCCAUUUUGACAUAAAGGAUGAGUUCUGAUGUUCUAUUUGCAAGGCAGGCUCUCUGGAAGGGCAGGUGGGGACAGAUGCUAAAUUGCCUACAGAAUAGGUUGCCAGAAGCCUCUGAGUCACCUGGAUCUGAAUAAAGCAGAUGUUUAACCUGGAA